GCCUCGGGUUGCAGACCCCUGGCAUAGCAGUAGCAGAUAGGCCCCAGCAACUUUCUGGCUAAGAGUGAUGUAGUCGUGAAUUUGGAAAAUGGACGAAUAUGCUCUUUUUUUCAAAUAUUUAUUUUCCGUCUGCUCCUGAUUCACACUGAUUUGAAUACAGAAAUUAUCAGAAAUUGAGUUUUAUUGUUAACUUUACAAACAAUUGUCCUAAAAAAAACAACAAAUAACAAUUUUCAUGGUUAUUUACAUAAUGAGAAGCAUGAAAACCUGAUGAAAACUGUCAUUAUAAUGAGUUUAUUAGAGCAAAAAAUAAUUUAAUAUCAUUAUUGCUUCAUUUUUAUUUAUUUUUAUUUUUAUUUAUUUAUUUAUUAUUGCUUCAUUUUUUUCUCAUUUCAUUAGCGUUUGUUUCCAUGUCUGUCUGUCUGCCUGCUAGACAGACAGACAGACAGACAGACGGGUCGGAUCGGCUCCUCUCUGCGCUCCACAGCGCCCCCCACCGGCCAGCCGCCGCCCCUGCGAGGAGAAGCCGUGUGCGCCCGCCCGGUGAGCGACCGCAGCUGAAGAGACGAGCCCGCAGUCUGCGCUCAGCCUGACCCGUGACCGGAGAUGGACUUCAUGAACAACGCCUCGAACAGCUACGGCUCUGGAGACACCAUGAGCUCCUCCCUCGCCAACAUGACCAUCAACGACCAGCACCACCAGGAGAACGGCGUCCAGAUGGGACACAGAAAUGCAGGAGAUGCCAAGAUGAAAGAGGAGGAGGCGGCGCUCAGUGAGAACGGGCUGAAAUCUGAGUCUGAACUCUGUCAGCCAGAGAGCGGCCACUGUGAUGACAAGGUGCCGCCUGCAGACAUCCCUGCAGAUAAAGAAGAGGCUGAAGUGUCGCAGCUCUCAGAAAAAGAGAGCAACACAAGUGAAGAGAAGGGGCAACCUGCAGCAGGAGGAGCAGUUUCAACAGCUCAAGGGAAAACAGAAAAUGAAGUUAAGACCCAAACUGCCACCUCACCAGUCUCCUCCCCCAAAAGACCAUCUGUAGUAACCAGGGGCUCCAAAGCUCAUGCCUCCACCCGAAACGGCCACAGCUCCAUCCCCGUUAAAACCGGCAGCUCGGGGCUCGCGCAGGCCAGUCCUGGAGGAGCAAAGUCUCAAGUCCGAGGAGCCAAACCUCCAACCAAACCAGAUGCCAGGAGUGGACAGAGCAGCCCUGGUACUCCCAAAUCGCCCGCUAGUCAAGCCCUCUCCGCGGCGGAGGCCAACAAAGUCAAGAAGGUUGCAGUUGUGCGCUCCACCCCAAAGUCUCCAGGCUCGUUGAAGAGCCGCUCGCCGGCUCCUCUGGCUGCCGCGGCGCCCAUGCCCGACCUGAAGAACGUCAGGUCCAAGAUUGGUUCCACAGACAACAUCAAGCACCAGCCUGGAGGUGGAAAGGUUCAAAUCCUGGAGCAGAAGAUUGACUUAAGUAACGUGCAGGCGAAGUGUGGCUCCAAAGACAAUAUCAAACAUGUACCCGGAGGAGGCAAAGUCCAAAUCCUCGACAAGAAGCUGGACCUAUCGAGUGUUCAGGCCCGCUGUGGCUCUAAAGACAACAUCAAGCACACACCUGGAGGAGGAAAGGUUCAAAUUCUUGAUAAGAAGCUGGACUUGAGCAGUGUGCAGUCCCGGUGCGGCUCCAAAGAUAAUAUAGGUCAUGUUCCAGGUGGUGGCAAUGUUCAGAUCGUCCACAAAAAGAUCGACUUGAGCACCGUGACAUCAAAGUGUGGAUCCAAAGCCAACAUUCACCACAAGCCAGGUGGUGGAAACAUUGAGAUUAAAAACGAGAAGCUGGAGUUUAAGGUUCAGUCGAAAAUCGGCUCCCUGGACAACAUCAAACACGUUCCUGGAGGCGGGGCUAAACGGAUCGAGUCCCACAAGCUGACCUUCCGUGAGACGGCCAAGGCCCGCACCGACCACGGCGCCGAGAUCGUGUCUUUGGAAGACUCCGACCACCAGCUCAGCACCGUGUCCUCCUCAGGCAGCAUCAACAUGGCGGACUCUCCGCAGCUCUCCACGCUGGCCGACCAGGUGUCCGCCUCGCUGGCCAAGCAGGGCUUGUGAACGCGUCCGCCGCGUAGAGGAGUUCUUAUGCCUUCCUCCUAACUCUCACAGGACUUUUUUUUAGCCGCCCAUCUUCACUGGUUAUCCUCCGCUAACCUUCAGAGCUGUUCUCGAGGCUUAGAGGUCCUAAAAAUGUAACAAGUAGGCCAAAUGUCUUUGAUUUGUCUGUGUGCUCAUUUUCUGUGGUGACCCUCUAAGACGUACGGCACCCCAGCAGAACCAAAUCCUCGUGAAGACGUGAUUUGACCUCGGCACACGUCCCGCUACCUACAACUCCUGACUGUCGGCCCUUAAAGAUCUCACCUUUCGAUGGGUUUCUGCUCCCGCUUUUCCUUUUUUCCUCUUUUAAAACGCAGGAGAAUGCAGAAUGUGUAGUGAGGGAACCGUCACAGGGUCAAACCGCUUUUAGGAAAAAACAGAAAAAAUUUGAGUGGAGGCAGGAAAAGGCUUCUUGGACCUCAGUGCUGUCUUUGCUUCGUGUCGUCGCGACGUGCCGCGCCUCCAGCUGCGGGGGCUGACGGGGGAAAAAAAAACAGCCGGCUGAGGAGAGCCGCCGUCCGUGUCAAAGCCAGCGAGGAGAUCCGAGCUCCACAUCUCAGAUUCUCCCUGAGCUUCCACGUGUACAGAAACACUGAUAUAAAAUGGAUUUAAUUGGUUUGAAUUCAGCCCAGCAGCCCUGCUUUCCAAAAUAAGGCAUAUGGGCGGAGCAAACCCCACCCCAGACAUGUCAUUGGUUCCUCAGGUCAAACAAAAAGCCACGCCCCAAUAUGAGAACAACUUUGACCCAAAAAUAAUUUAUUAAGUAAAAAAAAAAAACUUUUUUUAAAAUAUAUAUAAGUAAUGUUAGGUGCUGGUUCUAAUCCCACAAAUGCUAAAGUGACUCGACACUCGGGCAAACUCGUUUGUGCUGCAACAUACUUGUGACCACCAAGGAAGAACUAAGCAUAUCUAGUCUCUCUUCAGGUACCAAAGUUACCACAGAAACAUCUUCUACGAGUCAGGACCUGGGACUUGUGCUGUGCUUACCUGACAUGCAGAGACUAGAGACUUGUCAUUGAGAGAAAUAAUCUUGGACUCCAGCUCAGAGACGUCAGACCUUGACUUGGACUGGUGCUUUUAAGAUGUUUUUCUGAAGUUAUGUAGGAGUUUAGACUUGUAGUAAAAGGACUAAAGCUCUGACUUGGACCGGUCCUUCUAAGACUUGAGACUUGUUUUGGUUCAGUUAGGUCUUAUAUAGUUAUUGAUGAAUAGACUUUUACUCAAUGACACCUAAUCUCUGACUUGGAAUGCUCCUUUUAAGACUUGAAACUUGACUGAGUCAGGUCUUUCUAAAUGUUAAAGACUUGUACCAAAAGGACAAAAUCUCCGUCAUGGACUAGUGCUUCAAGGACUGAUUCGAACCCGAGCCACAGGGAGAUCCUUCAAGUACUUAUGUAGGAGUUUAGACUUGUAGUAAAGGGACUAAAGCACUGACUUGGACUUGGGUCAGUUCAGUUUUGCAUAGUAAUUUAGGAGUAAAGACUUGUCAUCAAUAAACUUAAGUUGUGACUUGGACCGGUGCUUUUAAGACUUGAGACUUGACUGACUUGGUCUUGUAUAGUUAUCUGGGAGUAAAGACUUGUUCUAAAAUAAAAUCAGGACUCGACUUAGAUUACAGGUUUUAUUUAGUUAUUGAGGAUUAAAUCUAGUCACUUAAGCUCUGACUUGGACUGGUGCUUUAGAGAUUUGAGGCUUGGGUCAGGUCUUUCAUAUAGUUAUUCAGGAAUUUAAAACUCAGUCGACAGACUUGAUCUCCGACUUGGACCGGUGCUUUUAAGACGUGACCUGGACUACCUCAGGGACACUAGACUCGAUCUGGCCUCUCAGCUAGGGGACUUGACUCAUACUUGUUCUGGUGGAGGUCUGGUGGGCGUGGCUUCAGUUCUGUUGUAGUCCCAUCCACAGACAGACGUGAGUCCACGUUGGCUCUGAAUGAAACUCCUGAGAGUUGAUACUUCGAGUAAUAACCUGAAGUUUGUCUGUCUGAACCGAACUAGUUAAGACUUGAAAAAUAACUUGAUCAGAAGCUUUUUUGACACGUUCGCUGGCUUUGACAUGAAGGAAACGCCUUCUCAGCAGCUGAAUUUUUUGCCUCCAACAGAAACAGCUAGACUAGGAAACUUUGUUUUGUGUUGGGCACAGUUUUAUAAUCUUCUGUGGAUAUAUGACAAGUAUUUGAUAUGAAAAAAACAGACAUUUGUAUUGUGCCUGCUACUGUUAUUAGUGUUUUUUUUUUUACUGCUCUCAUUGUAAAUGUGCUACCGCUUGCUACAAGUGUCAUUUCUGAGUCCAUGGGUUGUGCUCGUCGCUGAUUACAGUAUUCAAACUGCCAUACGCACUAAGGAUAGAUAAAAUAUUGUUUAUUAGUUAUGAAAGAUCCUAAACAAGAGAGGUUGCAACAGGAAAUCAAGGAUUCCUUUACUGCCUUUGAAGCUAAAGCAUCACUUUAAGGAUAGAAAAGUUGCAGCAUGGGAAAAAAAAAAAAAGUAUUCGAGCAGAGAUGGAGGAAAGUUGUACAGCACUAGAGCUUUUUCUUCCACGCGUGUAUAAAGUCCCUGAAUGCACCACCUUGUUCCGCAAAAAUAAGAGCGCGUCAUUCUCCGCAGCUGACGGGACUUUCAAAAUAAAUGCAUGCUCUAAAUUCUCCCUCCUGCAAAACACCUCAAACGUAGAUGUUCCCGCCUACUUUGGGCCACACAGACCGAACUCCGGUAGGUCUUUAGUUCAGAAGUGCUUCUUGCAUGCACUGAUCUCAUGCGUCCUGAAGAUGGAGUUCACACUGGGCUAGACUCACGGAAAGGACGCCAAUAUCCACGUCUGGUUGAACUCUGGGUGUUUUUUGUCACAUAAUCUGCAUGCAGGGGUUCUUUUGUUUUAUUUGCAGUAGACCUCGCUCGUCUGAAUGCAGGACUGAAACGGGGCGGCAGCUCCAGGACUCGUCGCCCUCCUUAUUUCUGACGCUGUACAGUUGUGGAAAUGUGGCUGUCGUCAUUGUGCAUUUGAUCAAUAACUGAUUAUGAUUCUCGUUGCUGUAUAUGUGUAUUUGAAAUAAAUGCUAUGAAGUCAA